CAUGGGAGUCGCGAUGGACAGCAGCGUUCCGCCAUCUCUACUUUGGCCUUCCCAGCGGCCGUCAACAUGGCGGUGUACUAGUACCGCGAAAACACGUGCCCACUACUUAUAUUUCACCUGUUAGGGCCUGCAUUGCUGGAAGGAUCGAUAACGCUGAACCUGAUCAGUUGUAAAACUUAGAUGAUAUCGACGCACAGUACGUGACCAGUCUGCUUGUGGAAAGAUGAGGGUGAAGAUCGAGCUCGGUGACGUUACUCCCCACAACAUCAAGCAAUUGAAGAGGCUCAAUCAAGUUGUCUUCCCUGUGUCGUACAACGACAAAUUCUAUAAGGAUGUCUUAGAAGCUGGAGAGCUUGCAAAAUUGGCAUACUACAAUGACAUUGUGGUGGGGGCUGUCUGCUGUCGCAUUGACACCUCCGAAAACCAAAGGAAGUUGUACAUCAUGACUCUGGGGUGCUUGGCUCCCUACCGUAGACAAGGGAUCGGAACCAAGAUGCUGGAACACAUCAUGAACUUUGUCCAGAAGGAUGGAAACUUUGAUAACAUUUUCUUGCAUGUGCAGGUGAACAAUGAGAGUGCAAUUGAGUUUUACAAGAAAUUUGGAUUUGAAAUUGUGGAGACGAAAGAACACUACUAUAAGCGCAUUGAACCAGCAGAUGCACAUGUGCUCCAGAAGAACCUCAAGAAGAGUGCUGAACCGGUCCACGAAGAUGUCAGGAAAAAGAACCGCAAUGAGCGGGUGAACGGAGUGAAAGAAUCGGAGCCAUGAUGUUGUACCUGACUUUUAGGCUAUGUUAGGAUGCCCCUCUAUGAUUGUGAUGUCCAAGUCAUCCCAGCCUGGUCGGGUGCAUCUCGUCAUGGGUUUGGUUGUGUGGGACCGUGUGAAGGAUGUGUGAAUCAUUAUCCCCCUGGUCAUUCUUAAUUAAUGAAUGGAAUGCAAUCUUGGAGGAUACAUCUGUUCUUUCAUAGAUGCCAUUCUAUUCUCUGUGGUGUCAGCAACCACAUGUGUGAUCUUUGUUGAUAUAUCAGAAUCACAAGACAAUGUAAAAAUAUUGCAUGUGGAGAGAGUAAUUUUUAGGUGGGUUGAUAAAACCAUCUGACUCAAGUUUGGUCUUGACAAGAAGGAGAGCACAUGCCUCAACUGAGCAGCUAAUGAGGACUCUGCCUGUAUUUACACAAUAUUCUCUGCUGCUCCUCAUGAUAGAGGUUAGAAUAGCCAUAAAAUCUGUAGGAC